CUGCAAGAGAGACGCUGAUCCGGAAGUGAGUCUGGAGUGAAAAGGCUGAAGUCCUCUGGUGGUGGAUCCUCAUGUUCAGGGCUCCAUGUUCCUCGGCUCUCCGUCCGUCAUGAACAGGCUCGGGGUUGUUUCGCGGCAUUUGUCACCGUCGCGCGCGGAACUUCGGCACUGCAGCGCGCGCGCUCCAGCCGACCCUGAAGAUGUGGUGGUGGUGCACGGCCUGAGGACCCCUAUAGGAAGGGCCAAGAGAGGCUCCUUCAAGGACACGACCCCAGACGAGCUGCUGAGUGCGGUGAUGAUGGCGGUGCUGAGGGACGUGGGACUGCCCUCUGAUAAACUAGGGGACGUGUGUGUCGGUAAUGUGUUACAGCCUGGUGCAGGAGCUGUGAUGGCUCGGAUUGCACAAUUCAUCAGUGGUUUUCCCGAAACGGUGCCCGUGUACACAGUUAACCGUCAGUGUUCGUCUGGACUGCAGGCUCUUUUUAACGUCGCAGGUGGUAUCAGGAACGGCUCUUAUGAUUUGGGUCUUGCAUGUGGGGUGGAGAGCAUGUCUCUGCGUUCUGUUGGAAACCCAGGAGAUCUCAGCACCAGGCUGAUGGAUAACGAGAAGGCCAGAGAGUGUCUCAUCCCCAUGGGAAUCACCUCAGAGAAUGUUGCUGAGAGAUACGGCAUCACCAGAGAGAAGCAGGAUUCGUUCGCUUGCAGCUCUCAACACAAGGCAGCUCAGGCUCAGAAACAGGGUCUGUUCGAGCAGGAGAUCAUUCCAGUUACCACCAAGUUUCUGGAUGAGAAUGGAACCGAGCGAACCAUCACGGUCACCAAGGACGACGGCAUCCGGCCAGGCACCACCAUGGCAGGUCUGGGCAAACUGCGGCCUGCUUUUAAGGACGACGGCAGCACCACGGCAGGUAAUGCCAGUCAGGUAAGUGAUGGAGCAGCAGCCGUGUUGAUGGGUCGCAGAGGUACAGUAGAGGCUCUCGGCCUCCCGGUGUUAGGAAUCCUGCGAGCCGGUGCCGUGGUGGGCGUUCCUCCAGAUGUGAUGGGAAUUGGGCCAGCCUAUGCGAUUCCAGCUGCCCUGGAGAAGGCAGGUUUAACCGUCGGUGAUGUCGAUGUCUUCGAGAUCAACGAAGCCUUCGCCAGUCAGGCGGUUUACUGCGUGGAGAAAUUAGGCAUCCCGAUGGAGAAAGUGAACCCCAACGGUGGUGCCAUCGCUCUGGGGCACCCGCUAGGCUGCACAGGAGCGCGCCAGACCGUGACUUUACUCAACGAACUCAAACGCAGGGGAAGGAGAGCCUACGGCGUGGUGUCGAUGUGCAUCGGAACCGGCAUGGGAGCUGCUGCAGUCUUUGAGUAUCCUGGACCUUGACAGAAGGCGACGAGAAGCUUACAAAAGAAGCAUUCAGUAAUCAUGAGGAAAAAUUGCUCACUCAAAUUGAACACUAAUGUAUGAAUGAAGCUCCUGCGGUGGGCAGAAUGAACUCUGCGCAUGAAUCUGGGUCACAUCUGGUCUCCAAAUGGUGAUCAUUCGGUAAUAUUUGUAAGGAGUAAGGAGUAGGACUAAAAACAAUAGCUAACAAAUAGCUAACAACUAACAGACACGGGGCAGCCAUCUUGAAUAUCCAGUAACAAUGUUCUUUAUUGUUCCUUAGUGGAUGCCUAGAAAUUGUCUAGAUUUUGGAAAAAGCUGCAUUGAUUGUGUUUGUGCCUGAACGUUGAUAUUAUUGACCUAUUGAAGGCUAUGAAAUGAGUUUUAUUUGAAUGAGUUUUUUCAUGAAACUGGAUCGUAUUUGAAGCAAAAAACAAACUAAUUCACAAACUGAAUUUUGGGUGAUGGAUUUCUAUUACUUUUCAACUAAAUGCCCCAAAUUCCCCAGGGUUUAAUAGAGUCUGUCCAUCUAUUCAUUCAUCCAUCUUUUCCUUCUCAUCCCUGCUGAUCAGCUACAAUCAAUAUAUGAUACUGAAUGUGUAGAAUUUUAUAAACCUGCAGUUUAAUUCUAAUAUGAUUGUUAUGGAAAUCUUACAAAUAAAUUACAUUUGGAUUUAUUGAA